UUUCCUUUUCCCCAAAUUUAUAAAUACACACUCUUUUACAGAGAGACGCGCAUUCCCCACACCCUCUUUCAGUUCUCUCAGUCGUUUCCGAUAUGGGCUUUGUCUUUGUCUCUGACCGCGAUUUUCCCAAUCUUGACAACGUUCCUCAUACCUUCACCUCAUCUUUUUCCUUUGCUCAACUAAACCACACUCACAAAAUAAUGGAGGUUUCACCAUUGGAGGGUUUCUCCGAACUUGAUUGGUGGACACCGCAGUUGCCAUAUUCAAGCAACCACCUUUGCUUCAAUGAGUUCCCGGAUUUGGAAAAUCUGGACCUCGAUUUCAGCCUCCCAUCCCUUGGUGAACAUUUGGAGGAGGUGGACCAAAAGCCCUCGAACAUUGUUGUUCCCGAAGGGCUUCGUUGCAAUCAUGAAAAGGUUUUUGGGGAUGCUUUAUUGGCCACUGAACAUGUUUCUGCCACUUGUGUGAAGAAAGAGCAGGUGCUGAAUAAUAUUGAUCAGAGUCCAUUGCCAGUGCUUCUAGCUAGUAACAGCACUACGAGGAAGAAGCCUUGUGCUUUGGAAUUUGAGGAAGCUUCAUUCGCGAUUCAAAAUCAAAAUGGGUCAGCCACUGCGAGUUAUUUGAAGAAAGAGGAGGUGCAGAACAUUAUUCAUCAGAGGCCAUUGCCAGUGUCCAGUAGCAGCAAGAAGAGGACGUGUGUGUUAGAGUUUGAUGAGAUAAAGAAGCAUUUUGGGGUUCCCAUAACUGAAGCAGCGAAGAGAUUGAAUGUGGGACUAACCAUGUUGAAAAGAAGGUGCAGGGAGCUCAGCAUCACGAGGUGGCCACAUAGGAAACUCAAGAGCUUGCAAUUACUCAUCGACAAUGUUAAAGAAAUGGGUUUGGAAGACGAGGUUCCAAGGUUGGAGCGACAAAAAAGGUUGUUGGAAAAAUUACCAGGACUGGAACUAAGUGAAGAAGCCAAGAAGCUGAGGCAAGCUUGCUUUAAAGCUAAUUACAAGAAGAGAAGGUGUAUGGCACUCCAAGCUUGACUUUCGUGCUUAUUGCCUGGAAUGUGCGCGUGAAACAUCAUAAAAGACAUAGGAGUAAACAGAAAUUAGAAAAACCAUAUAAAAUGGGAUUGGAAUUAAAGGACUCUAGUAGGUAUAUCUUACUAUCUUGGGUUUAUAUUAUAUUGUGUAUUAGGAAACUAAUUUGACUGCACAACACAUGUUAUUACG